AUGGGUGUUCCGGCCCUGUUUAGAUGGCUUACAAACAAGUAUCCUAAAAUUGUUAGCCCUGUUAUUGAGGAGCAACCGCAGGAGAUCGACGGGGUUGUCAGAGCCGUGGACACCACUCGGCCGAAUCCGAAUGGCGAGGUGAGGAUAUUGUUAUCGGUUGGUUCGUUGAAUAUGUUUGCUGACGUUCACCUUGUCCAUCUUCGCACGUUGAAGGCGGACAAUCUCUACCUCGACAUGAACGGUAUCGUUCAUCCGUGCUCCCAUCCCGAGGAGGGCGAGGCACCGGAAACAGAAGAGGCGAUGAUGCUGGCUGUAUUUGCCUACACUGAACGUGUUGUGAACAUGGUGAGGCCUAGAAAGCUUCUCAUGAUUGCUGUUGGUAUGUUUUCGCUGAUCGCCUACAUGGAAGCAGUGAGCUUUGCGACCUUGCUUCCUCUUCCACCUGCCGCCUCAGCCGGACCGUUUUAUCGCGAAUACUGAUAUUCUGUAGAUGGUGUUGCGCCUCGUGCGAAAAUGAAUCAGCAACGCUCUCGCCGCUUCAGAUCGGCGCAGGAAGCUAAGGAAAAAGAGGAUGAGACCGCUCAAUUGAUUGAGCAGAUGGAGAAGCGGCAAGGGAGCAAAUUUGGCGAUGAUCUCAAGAAUAAAAAGAUUUGGGAUAGUAAUGCCAUUACCCCCGGCACUCCUUUUAUGGACAUCCUUGCAGCAUCGCUCAAGUACUGGAUCGCGAAAAAGCUCAACGAUGACCCUGCUUGGGCUAAAGUGGGUUACCUGGACCACCUUAUUGCGGGAAUCCAUUGCAUGCUAACACCUUUCCAGUUAAAAAUUGUCAUCUCGGAUUCCACCGUUCCUGGAGAGGGGGAGCACAAGAUUAUGGAGUUCAUCAGGUCUCAGCGUCUCUCCCCCGAAUAUAACCCAAAUACUCGUCACGUCAUAUACGGCCUUGAUGCCGAUCUGAUCAUGCUGGGGCUUGGAACUCACGAACCGCAUUUCAGAGUCCUCCGUGAGGACGUCUUUGCGAGGGAAGCUAGGGCAAAGACAUGCAAGAUAUGUGGGCAGAAAGGUCACCGUGCCGAGGAAUGCACGGGCAAGGCCAAGGAGAAACAGGGCGAGUUUGGUGAAAAGGAUAAUGCUUCCUCACUGAAGCCCUUUGUCUGGUUACAUGUCUCAAUACUUCGUGAAUACUUGGCGGUAGAACUUCAGGUUUCGGGUCAGCCAUUCAAGUUUGAGUUGGAGAGAGCUCUUGAUGAUUGGAUUUUUAUGUGCUUUUUCGUCGGGAACGACUUUUUACCCCAUUUACCAAGUUUGGAAAUCAGGGAGAACGGAAUCGACACUUUGAUUGCUGUUUGGAGAGACAAUAUGCCUCUUAUGGGAGGUUACGUCACCAAAGACGGAACUGUAGAUCUGGGAAGGGUUCAGUACAUCCUUGAUGGGUUGGCAAAGCAGGAAGAUCAGAUCUUCAGGAAUCGGAAGAGGGUCGAUGAUAGAAGGGAGCAGGGCAACAAGAGGAGGAAAUUGGAGGAGGAGGCUAGAGCCGCUGGCGGGAGCCGCGGCGACAAUUUCGCUGGCAGAGGCUUUGAUUCGCCUUCCGUUGCCCCCACUGGAAGAGGAAGAGGAAGGGGCGUUCCCAAUUCUGCCCCUCCCCCCAUGAUCCCACUAUUCAGGCCUGGAGAUGUUUCAAAGGAUACGAAGAAGAUGAAUUACGACAUGGUGAUGAAUAGGGAAGGCAUUCGAAAGGCUAAUCUUCAAAACAAGAGUGCAGCCCAGGUGUUAAAGGCUCAAUUAUUGAAUGGUUCACUCGGCGCCGCUGUGGGUGACGGCACUGAGAUGGAUAUAACCCCUACCCCGGAGACACCCUCCACACCAGCCUCUGCCAUAUCCCUCAAGAGAAGGGCUGAUAUGAUUGAGGGGGACGAAACUCCCGAGACCCCCGGCUCCGAACCUGAGGCCGAUGACCCUGAUCGUGAUCCGGUUCGUCUUUGGGAGUCCGGAUAUCGUGAACGGUAUUACGAACAAAAGUUUCAUGUUUCACCAGAGGACCUUGAAUUCCGAAAUAAGGUUGCUGCGAGCUACGUUGAAGGUCUAUGUUGGGUAUUACUUUAUUACUUCCAAGGGUGUCCUAGCUGGACCUGGUAUUAUCCGUAUCACUAUGCACCGUUUGCUCAGGAUUUCAAAGAUGUGGGAAAGCUCGAUAUCAAAUUUGAGAAAGGCAAGCCAUUCAAGCCUUUUGAGCAGCUUAUGGGCGUGCUACCUGCUGCCAGUAAGCACGCUCUUCCAGAGCCAUUCCAAAAACUUAUGACCGAGGAGGAUUCUGAGAUUAUUGACUUCUAUCCCGAGUCUUUCCCUAUUGACUUGAAUGGCAAGAAAUUUGCCUGGCAAGGUGUAGCCCUGUUGCCAUUUAUCGAUGAGAAGCGCUUGUUAGAAGCUGUGUCAAAGGUGUACCCUACGCUAACUCCCGAGGAUAAUGCGAGGAAUGCAACGGGACAUGACAUUCUAUUCUGUUCAGUGAAUAAUGACAUGUAUGAUGACGUUGCCCUACGGUUUUACUAUAAGGGCCGGAACGACGACGUACGUUUUUCCUACAUGGCAUCUCGAAGUAAUUGCUAACUAGGAUAGGAAUACGACCUUGACCCUGGCAAGAGCCAAGGGUUGUCCGGAAAGGUUAUCAAAGAUCCUGCUUUCAUUCCUCAGGGCACGAUACCUUCUCCACUAUCUAAGGAUGCUAUGCCUGAAAUAGAGGGUGACAAAUCACUCUGCGUCUUUUACGAAUUUCCUAAAACCAAGAAUGCACACAGGUCGAUGUUACUUCGUGGGGUCAAGCUCAACCCUCCCGUGCUCUCUCAUUCGGACCUAGAAAUGAUCAAAAACAAGGCUCAGAACUCGGGCCGCUCGUACGGUGGCGCUCCGCUUUAUCGUAGUAAUAGCGGGAGAGGACGCGGUCGUGGCGGUGGGGGAGACUUCCAGGGCUCCUACCAAUCCAACCGAGGCCCUUCUCCAAUUUACCCGGGACAGAGCCACACACCUUCUUACGGAAACGGGACCUGGCAGCCUCCCCCACCCCCGCCAGCCCUUUCAGGUUGGGGCGGGUGGGGCGGAUGGGGCGGGCAGCACAAUCAGGCUCAGGGAAAUCACGUAAAUCCACAACCGUCAUACAUACCUCCAGCCCCAUACCACCAACAAGGCAGUCGAUAUCCUCCCCCUCCCCCUCCCCCCGGAUUCCCACAUGCUUCUAAUAUUGGGCGCGGGCAGCCUCAUGGCUCAUACCACGGAGGUGGCUACGCCAACAAUCAGUCGUCUCGGGACGAUAGAUACCGUCCUAGCAGUGGCAGCAGUGGUGGGGAAAAUAGGUACAAUGGUCACUACAGCGAUCGUCGUGAUGACCGUGGCCGAGGUGGUGGGGGAGGUUAUCGAGGUGGUCGUGGUGGAGGCCCCAAACGGGCCAGAGGUGACAAUAACGAACUAUGGAGAAGAUGAUUUCCUUUUGCCAAGCCGUAUGCUCUACAAUGUACAUCUUUUUCGCCAUGAUAGCAGGCCGAGCUCCUAGUAUCUUGUCCAUAGUAUUUGACUGCUUUUGUUUCUUUUAGUACUGAUCGUUUUUCGUACAUUUUUUGUAAUGCAAAUUGCGCCCUGGUGUUGACCAGUGAGAAAACUCCAAACUCCAAAUCCUGCUAUCGUACUCGUACACCGUAGCUUGGUUUUCCUUAAAUGGCUACACUACGGGGCCAGGUUGGACAAUGCUAUUAUUCAAUUUAGUUAUCGAAGCUUAGUGUAAUGCUCUCGAUAUUGUGAUCAUGCACUGUUCUUUCACUCCCUUGCGGAACCCUUUCCGGCAAAAUUCACCAACGAUCCCCGCGCAUGUGCUCGAGUAUCUUAAAACGCGUAUAGGGAUCCUCCGGUAGCACUGCCACAAGAUGUUCACGUCUGAUCACUCGCUCUACACCGUCUACAGCGGGGCAGGUUCAAAUAACGGCGCACAAGCACA